AUGUCUGAUAAUAUGUUGUAUUCAAAGGAUGAAAGUACUCCCAUAGAUCCUGCAACUUUAGAUUGGGAUAGCCCGUUAGAUAUAGACAAUCCUCAUAAUUGGCCAACUUGGAAAAAAUGGUACACAACUAUGGCAUCUGCGUGCAUGUGCCUGGUCGUCACCAUGGGUUCCUCAUUAUAUGUGUCUUCUGUUACAGAGUUAGUUAUGCGUUACGGUAUAGAUAGAACUUUGGCUUUGUCAGGUCUUACCUUUUAUCUUCUCGGACUUUCUACUGUUAUCGGCGCCCCAUUGAGUGAAGUAUUUGGUAGGAAACCAAUAUAUUUAAUCUCAUUACCUCUCUCAUGUCUUUGUACAAUGGGUGUAGGACUAAGUAAUGGUCACAUGAGAAUAAUAUUACCAUUGAGAUUCCUUGCUGGUGUCUUCGCGUCUCCUGCAUUAUCAAUUGGUUCAGGUACCAUCUUAGAUAUAUUUGAUGUGGACGAAGUCUCCGUUGCCAUGACUUUCUUCUGUCUGGCUCCAUUCAUGGGUCCUGUCCUGGCACCAAUUAUGGGUGACUUUGCAUGUGCUGCUAGAGGCUGGCGUUGGGGUUCAUGGAUCCAAUUAUUAGCCAGUGGUUUAGUGUAUCCAUUUAUCAUUCUAAUGCCUGAAACACAUAAAGGUAUCAUCUUACAAAGACGUGCCAAGAAACGCAACCUAAAUUUAAUAAAACCAACAAAAGAAGAUCGUAAAAACUUUUUGAAAAUUACUAUGACUAUUACUGUUUUCCGUCCUUUGAAAAUGUUAACAGUUGAGCCAAUUGUCCUAGUUUUCAGUAUUUACGUUGCGUUCAUUUUUGCUGUCCUCUUUGCCUUCUUUGAAGCUUAUCCCGUCAUUUAUCAAAGUGUUUACAUGAUGUCCUCCGGUGUGUCUGGUUUGCCCUUCUUAGGUAUUGGUAUAGGUUUAUGGAUUGGUUCAUUGUUCUACAUCCUAUUAGAUCGUAAAUUAUUGUUCCCAAAAGCUCCAGAAGGAACGCCAGAACUUGAAAAUCCUACUUCAAAGAGAGUACAACCAUAUAGAGGCCACAGAGAUCCAGAAACAAACCAACUAUUACCAUUAAUUCCAGAACAGUUACUUUUGCCAUGUAAAAUAGGUGCUGUCGCAUUACCAGUUGCAUUAUUCUGGCAGGCAUGGACUGCUAGGACGGACGUACAUUGGAUGGCUCCCAUAGCUGCAGGUGUGCCAUUUGGAUUCGGACUGAUCCUCAUCUUCUUCAGUGUCAUCAUGUACUUCUCCGCUUGUUAUCCACCAUUAGUGGUUGCCUCCACAUUAGCUGCUAACAACCUGCUAAGAUAUGUUAUGAGUAGUAUAUUUCCAUUAUUCACAAUACAGAUGUACGAAAAAAUGAAGAUUAAAUGGGCUAGUACACUUUUUGCACUGAUUUGUAUUGUGAUGGUGCCAAUCCCAUGGAUUUUUGAAAGGUACGGUAAAAAAUUGAGACGUAGAUCCAUGUUUGGUUAUGCUGCCAUGAUGAAGACUGAAGAAAAGGCUGACACUAAUGGUGAUGAUAGCCAAGAAUUGACUUUGAUAAAGAUGGAGACAUUAGCUACAAGAGAAACCAAUAUUGAGCAUACCGUUCAAAAAUUAGCCCGUGUUUACUUAGAUGCAGGAAGUGAAUCAACAUCCAAUUUUGAGAAUAGCGAAAGAAGUUCUUUGAAAGAAAAAACUGAUAGCAUAACAGAAACUCAAAAUCUUUCAUAUUCUCAACUCUUUGAUAUACCAUCCUCAGAACAAGUUUAA